AUGAGCAGCUCCACGGGCACGGAACCUGACGAGACCCUGAAGGACCCGGGCAGGUUAUGCACACCGAAAGCUCAGAACAAGCUCUCUAAGAAUUUGAAGGACAAGGACAAGGCCAUCCCCAGCAGGGACACAGUUGUGACGCUCGAAUGCCUGGGCUUCAAAUGGGAGCUGCACCCGCCGCAGCUGUUCCAGUCUGAGACCUUGAGCAAGCUCUACGUCGCGGCCCUGAAAGGGAGCUCCGUGAGGGAAACGGAGCAGCUCCUGCCAGUGCUGCCAUCUAGGAAGAGCAGAAACACAGCCCUCGUCAAGAAGAUGGCCAUCUCCCUGAAGAUCAACGACCCCCAGGUCACCAAAAUCGGCUUCGCCACGGCACUGAAGCACCUCUACCUGAGCCAGGUGGACAUGAACUUGGAGGACGUGCUGGGGGUGCUGGCCUCCGCUCACAUUCUGCAGUUCGGCAGCCUGUUUCAAAAGUGCGUGGCCAUGAUGGUCGAUGGACUCAGCCCAAGCAACAUCACUAACUUCUACCUGGCCGGCUGCAAGUACAAGGAAGAGCCGCUCAUCGCGGCCUGUGAGAAGUGGCUGGAAAUGAACUUGGUCCCCCAGAUGGGGAGGCAGAUCCACCUCCGGAAAAUCCCCAAGAACCUGCUCCAGAAAGUGCUGAUGUCUCCCAGGCUGUUUACGCUUAGUGAGCUUCACCUUCUGAAAACGCUGCUCCUGUGGGUCUACCUGCACCUGAACCACAGGACUCGGGCCAUCCCGGAGUACGAGGCCAUGCUGACGUUCUUUCACAGCCUCUCCAAGAAGAGUUGCUUUCUGGACCAGGAGGAGGAGCGUAGCUUGAUCCCCCUCUUCCUUUCCCUGCGCCUACACGGCAUCACCGAAGGCAAGGAUCUGGAUAUGUUAAGGCGCAUUAACUUCUUCCCCGAGCUCUGGCUGCUCCAGGUCACCGCCAACCAUUACCACGCCGUGGAAAGUGGGGGCGACAUGUUUCCCGCGAAAGACUUCGACACCCAGGCCGUGAGAUUCGGGCUGCUCUUCAGCCAGGAAUGCACGAACUAUUCAAAAAUGAUCGCUAUGUACGGAUUCUUCUUUGAGAUAAAGGGAAUCAGAAACGAUGCUACAUCUUACAGUUUUUACAUGCAGAGGGUGAGGCACACGGACACGGGAUUCCCCUCCUCGGCCUGCGAGUAUGGGCUCAUUAGCCUGAGGGCGGAGCGCUUGGUCAAGUACGAGAUCCGAGCCCAGGCCCUGGUGGACAGCCGGUGGCAGGAGUUCAGCACCAGCCCGAUCGUGCAGAAGUUCCGGUUCACCGGGCGCACCUGCAAAAGCCAAGUCUUGAAAGUCCAAACCGUGGGCAGCCCGCUCUACGUAAGUUUUUCGUUCACCUUCCCAGUGUCUUGCUGA